AUGCAAGUAAACUAUUUUGGACAUUUCCUCCUAACGCUGUUGCUCCUGCCGCUUUUGAAGAAGACGGGAAAGCCUUUGGAACCGAGUAGGAUAGUGAACACGUCAUCUAUAUAUCAUAAUAUUGGCAAGAUCGAUUUCAAAAAUUUAAACAAAACUAAUUAUUGGUACAAGUUUCAAAUCUACGCGCACAGUAAGCUAGCUCUGGUACUGUUCGCUCGAGAACUUACUUGUAGGUUGAGGGGCAGCAAGGACACGCAUGUCGUUAUUAAUUCUGUCGAUCCCGGCGCAGUUGGCACAAAUAUUUUUUAUUCGUUUGGUCCCAUCAGAGGUGCGAUUAUAAAGUUUCUGUUUUAUAAUAUGUUUAAAACACCAUGGGAAGGAGCUCAAACUGCUAUCCACGUAGCGAUGGAUAAGAAGGCCGGUGAAGUUAGCGGGGAAUUCUUCAAAAACUGCAAGCAGGCGUCAGCGCACUGGAAUGCUUACAACGAGACAGUUGCGAAGCAGCUGUGGGAAGAAUCAGUUAGACUUGUGAAAAUGAGUGACGAAGAACUCAAUCAUUGCUUCCUUGAUUUGUAA